AGCCCAAACCGCACCAUGGUGUGCCGGGACGUGCACGGGGCUCUCCGGGAGCGGGCGGGCCGUGUCCCCGCCGUGUCCCCGYCGUGUCCCCGCAUCCCACACSGCCCUGACCCGGCGCUGCUCCGCCCCUUCCGCCGGAGCGGCCGCGCCGGGCGGCUCCUCCUCCCGCGGGCGGCAUUAGCUCAUCGCGGCGCGGCGGCCGCGGCUCCGAGCGGCCCUUUCUUCGCGCUGCCCGCCGCCCCCAUGGCCCUGUGCAACGGGGACACCAAGCCCGAGAACGCCGCGGCGGAGCUCAAGGAUGGGCAGCACCACUACGAGGGCGCCGUGGUGAUCCUGGACGCGGGUGCCCAGUAUGGCAAAGUCAUCGACCGGCGCGUGCGCGAGCUCUUCGUGCAGUCCGAGAUCUUCCCGCUGGAGACACCGGCCUUCGCCAUCAGGGAGCAGGGAUUCCGAGCUAUCAUCAUCUCCGGAGGACCAAACUCAGUGUAUGCAGAAGAUGCACCGUGGUUCGACCCAGCCAUAUUCACAAUAGGAAAGCCCGUGCUUGGGAUCUGCUAUGGGAUGCAGAUGAUGAACAAGGUGUUUGGAGGGACGGUGCACAAGAAGAGCGUUCGGGAGGAUGGAGUGUUCAGCAUCACCCUGGAUAACACCUGCUCACUCUUCAGGGGCCUUCAGAAGGAAGARCUUGUGCUCCUCACUCAUGGGGAUAGUGUGGAUAAAGUAGCUGAUGGAUUCAAAGUGGUGGCACAGUCUGGGAACAUCAUAGCAGGCAUAGCAAAUGAGUCCAAAAAACUCUACGGGGCACAGUUCCACCCUGAGGUGAGCCUGACUGUGAAUGGGAAGAUGAUCCUGAAGAAUUUCCUGUACGAUAUCGCGGGGUGCAGCGGCACCUUCACCGUGGAGAACAGAGAGCUGCAGUGCAUCCAGGAGAUCAAGGAGAAAGUGGGCUCCUCCAAGGUCCUGGUGCUGCUGAGUGGUGGUGUGGACUCCACGGUGUGCACGGCGCUGCUGAACCGCGCUCUGAGCCGCGAGCAGGUCAUUGCUGUGCACAUCGACAACGGCUUCAUGCGCAAGAGGGAGAGCCAGGCUGUGGAGGAGGCCCUCAAGAAGCUGGGCAUCCAGGUGAAAGUGGUGAAUGCAGCCCAUUCAUUCUACAAUGGCACAACAACUCUGCCCAUCUCCGACGAGGACAGAACUCCACGUAAAAGAAUCAGCAAGACUUUAAAUAUGACUACAAGUCCUGAAGAAAAGAGGAAAAUYAUYGGUGACACCUUUGUUAAGAUUGCCAACGAGGUUAUCGGGGAGAUGAACCUGAAGCCYGAGGAGGUGUUCCUGGCCCAGGGCACGCUCCGGCCCGACCUCAUCGAGAGUGCCUCGCUGGUGGCCAGUGGCAAGGCAGAGCUGAUCAAAACCCACCACAACGACACCGAGCUGAUCCGCAAGCUGCGCGAGGAGGGCAAAGUAAUAGAACCACUGAAAGACUUCCACAAAGAUGAAGUGCGAGUGCUGGGAAGAGAGCUUGGCCUUCCUGAAGAGCUGGUGUGCAGGCAUCCCUUCCCAGGUCCUGGCCUGGCAAUCAGAGUGAUCUGUGCUGAAGAGCCUUACGUGUGCAAAGACUUCCCAGAAACAAACAACAUCUUGAAAAUUGUUGCAGAUUUUUCUGCAAGUGUGAAGAAGCCUCACACUUUGCUGCAGAGGGUGAAGGCGUGCACGAGUGAGGAGGACCAGGAGAAGCUGAUGCAGAUCACCAGCCUACAUUCACUGAAUGCCUUCCUGCUGCCCAUCAAAACCGUGGGAGUGCAGGGUGACUGUCGCUCCUACAGCUACGUCUGUGGCAUCUCCAGUAAGGAUGCCCCGCACUGGGAGUCCCUGAUGUUUCUGGCCAGGCUCAUACCCCGCAUGUGCCACAACAUCAACAGAGUCGUGUACGUGUUCGGCCCCCCUGUGAAGGAGCCCCCCACAGAUGUCACCCCCACCUUCCUGACCACGGGAGUCCUCAGCACUUUACGUCAAGCUGACUUUGAGGCUCACAACAUUCUCAGGGAGUCUGGCUAUGCUGGGAAGAUCAGCCAGAUGCCAAUCAUCCUGACCCCGCUGCAUUUUGACCGGGACCCCCUGCAGAAGCAGCCCUCRUGCCAGAGGUCAGUGGUCAUCAGGCCCUUCAUCACCAGCGACUUCAUGACGGGCACGGCCGCCACGCCGGGCAGCGAGGUGCCCGAGGAGGUGGUGUUGAAGAUGGUGGCAGAGAUCAAGAAGAUCCCCGGCAUCUCUCGGGUGAUGUACGACCUGACAUCAAAGCCGCCGGGCACCACGGAGUGGGAGUAACGGACUGUUCCCUGCGAGUACUGUGUGCAGUCGAAACCAUAUCAGAAACCAUUCCCAGUGUUGACAUGCAGUACUGUGAACGAGCGACUGGAGCUGCUGCAUCGCCUCAGAUUGCUCUCCUGGAGCACGGAGCUGCGCUGGGGCUGACGAUUGUACGGGUAACUGAUGGUGGCAGCGCUGCCGGGACGGGCCCCUCUGCUUUGCCUUUGUCUUUCCGGUUCCCCCGUGUUCUCCCGUGUUCUGUUUCCUGGCAUUUCSGUGUCUCUUGGGUUUUGUACACUGUGUAAAAAGAGACAGUUUAUUUACUUCUACCAAAAGCAUUGUUACAGCCCAAACAUGUAAAAGGAGUUAAUUCUUUGUGACCAACCGCUUUGGGACGGAUUUAUUAUAAAUAAAUAUUUUGCCAAAUGGA